AAACGGUAUUACAAGAUUCGUCUUCCGUUGUGAACCGUAUCUAUCUUAUAGAGGUUGCGUUGCAGAUGUUCAUUAACAUACUAAGUACAUUAUCAUUUUGGUUUGGUUUUGUUCCAGAGGCUCUAGAUUUGACUCAUAUGUAUGGAGGAAAUCACGUAAACAUCAAUGCAACUCCUCAAGUUUUACCACAAGCCGGUUCAACAUCCAAGCACAUGACUACAGGAUCUGUCGUGCGUGUCUCCAAACCAUCUAAGAAAGUUAUCUUGUCUGAUGAAAAAAGGGAGCAGAUAAACGCCAAGAGGCGAGCUGCUUAUCGGAGGAAAAAAGAGGAGGAAGCAAAAAAAGUACAGCAUGGAAGUCAACCUGACCUUUCAAUAUCUGAUGACAAGAAAGAGCUAAUAAAUGCGCGGAGGCGGGCAACGUAUCUUAAGAACAAGGAAAAUGCUGACAUUAACAAGGAACAGAUGAAAGCUCCGUUGGUAGAUGGUUAUCGAAGAAAAUAUGAUGACGCCGCCGGCAAGCAUCUCCAUCAAAAUAUGCCUGCCUUGACAUGUCGGGUACGACUAUUUCUAUAUUACAGGCCAAACGUCUAUUGAAUAUACUCCCUUUGUUCAUAACAGUAUGAUUAUUAUCUGAGAAUCCGUGAGUAUGACACCUGCAACCAUAUUGCAGGUAUGCAAAAUGUUCCACGGAGCACUC